GCCGGGCCCGCCACGGCUCCGCGGCCCAUCGCGGAUUACAGGGACCGCUCUCUCCGCCCCCAGCGGAGUCUCCCUCCGCCCUCGCCCUCUCUCUCCACCCCUCCUCCGGCCGCGGAGAAGGGCAUGGAGUUGGCGGGAGCCUAUAAAAGCCCCUGAGAGCGUGCUGGGGCCACGGCGCUGUGAGAGCCUCCACGGACGGAGCAGGGUUGUGCACCAUGUCCCACCACUGGGGAUACGGCAGCCACGACGGACCCGCUCACUGGCAUGAGCACUUUCCCAUCGCCAAUGGAGAGCGCCAGUCCCCUAUUGACAUCUGCUGCAAGUCCGCCAAGUACGACUCCUCUCUGAAGCCUCUUAGCUUCAGUUAUGAUGCCAGUACGGCCAGAAAUAUCGUCAACAACGGGCACUCCUUCAACGUGGAGUUUGAUGAUUCUUCCGACAAGUCAGUGCUGCAGGGAGGAGCGCUGGAUGGGGUCUACAGGCUGGUGCAGUUUCACAUUCACUGGGGAUCCUGUGAAGGCCAGGGAUCUGAGCACACUGUGGAUGGUGUGAAGUAUGAUGCAGAGCUCCAUAUUGUUCACUGGAAUGUAAAAUAUGGUAAAUUUGCUGAAGCUGUGAAGCAUCCUGAUGGUUUAGCUGUGGUGGGCAUCUUCAUGAAGGUGGGAAAUGCCAAGCCCGAGAUUCAGAAGGUUGUGGAUGCUCUGAGCUCCAUUCAAACCAAGGGAAAGCAAGCUUCCUUUACAAAUUUUGACCCCACUGGACUCCUUCCUGCAUGCAGAGACUACUGGACAUACCCUGGCUCACUGACCACUCCACCCCUGCUUGAAUGUGUGAUCUGGCACGUUCUGAAGGAGCCCAUCACUGUGAGCCCUGAGCAGAUGUGCAAAAUCCGUGGCCUUUGCUUCAAUGCUGAGAAUGAGCCCGUGUGCCACAUGGUGGACAACUGGCGCCCGUGUCAGCCUUUGAAGAGCAGAGAAGUCAGAGCCUCCUUCCAGUAACCUCCGUGCUGAGAGUGUUAGGAAUUGCUGUGUUUGUGAGGAACCCCUUUUGCUAAGCCCAAAUCAAACUUUGCCAUGUGUGCCCAGGCAACAUCUUGUCUCCCAGAUCCAUUCUUUCUUUUGCUCUGCAUCUGAAACGCCAGCUAAUGAAAUGUGAAAGGCUCUUGGCCAAAUGGGAAAGGGUUCUUAAGGUGUGGGGUUGGGGGCAGCAGGGGGUGGGUGGCUGUGUGCAUUUUGGUGACUUACUGAGACUGAAACUUUGGUAUAACAGUAUGGUGGCUACUUGGGAGAGGAUUUGGUGGUAGCAAAAUAAGCCAUUUUAAGAAACCUCAUCCACUGGUGUGAUAGUACACGUAACUAACGAUAACUUGAAGCUUUGUAAGAAGCACAGGAAUACAGAAUCUAGCUAUUAUUUAGUAAAAAAGGUAUUUUGAGAAAGCUAAGUGAAAUGAAUAUUUAGGAUUAGACUUCUUAGAUUUUAAGAAACUGACAUGUAAAUAUUUUUGAGACUAUUUUGCAUUUUUACCCAUGCUGUCAACAGCCUUAGUUAACGUCUUAAUGGUAGUGCUGGGUUUUUUUAAUUAAACACGUUCUAAAUUAAGUGUCAUCUUUAAAAGUUGUUAUUACCAUAGAAAUAAUACAAAAUAUCUUUUCAUUGAAAUAAUAUAUGUUCUAAUUUAAAAAGGAAGAUAAUAUUGUAUUUUAGAUAACUUCUCUAAUAAAUCUAUACUUCUAUUUUUGCUUCCCUGCUGUUAUUUUAAUUCUGGUAAGGAGUCACUAAUCUGUUCACAUGAUUGCAUAUUAAACAUAAUUACUAAACAUGUACAUUGGGAAUUGACUUCAGUGACACUGAACAUGAAUACAAGACUAUAUGGAUAUGUUAAGAAAUUUUCUCUAAGUAGGUAUUUUCUCUUUGAUAGCAGAAGGAAGUGUUAAUUUUGAAUAAUAACUACAAAUUAUCAUCAAAAUUGAAUAUAUAAUGAAAGAUGCCUUCACAAAACUUUUGAACAAACGUAUACUGAAGAAUGGGCUCAUUAGAUUCUGGUCCUAGUUUGUAAAUUAAUUUAUUAUGACUUUGCUACUCCAUUUGGAAUCACUUUGUAAUUUGUAAAGUAUCAUUUGGGCAGGCUAUGUUCUAAAGCACCUGGAUCUUGAAAUGUGUGAGAUGGAAAUGAAGAUGUCUCAAAAUGCGUACAAAGAUCUUCAGAAAACUCUGUCAAAUCUUAGCCUUUGAAAAGCUUUCACAUUUAAAAUCCCCACCAUCCUACCCCCACAAAAAAAAAACAAA